UGGCGUUGUCUGCAAAUUCAGCCAGUAUAUACCAUGGAGGAGCUGAAUAAUGUGAAUCCCCAGCCAAAGUUGCACAAAGUUGGUCGACUAUUCAUUGGCGGCAAACCUCUGCCAGAGCGUUUCCCAACCAGAGGCACAGCGCCGGUAACACAACCCGAAGUUGUGGCACAAAAUGAGAAACGUUUAAGAUUUCUUAAAAAUGAAACCAAAUUGUUGGCACCGAAAAUACGCGUAUGCUACGUCUACGAUGAGCUUAUGCUGCAGCAUUGCAACACUUUUGAAGACGGUCAUCCAGAACAGCCAGCACGCAUUAAACGCAUUUAUGAAAUGCAUAAAGACUACAAGCUCACAGAACGCAUGGAACAAUUGCCAACACGCGCAGCAACAACAGAUGAGAUUUGCCUGGCGCAUACGCGUGCGCAUGUGAAUUUUAUACGGCGCAUAAGUGACAAAGAUGAACUGCAGGGAAUGGGCGAGAAGUACAAUUCAGUUUACUUUCACCCGAAGACUUUCGAUUGUGCCACACUGGCAGCGGGCUCAGUGCUGCAAGUGAUCGACAAAGUGCUGCGUGGCGAUGCGCGCAGUGGUGUCUGCAUUGUGCGGCCGCCAGGUCAUCAUGCCGAAUCUGAUGUGCCCCACGGCUUUUGCAUUUUCAAUAAUGUUGCAAUUGCUGCGCAGUAUGCCAUUCGAGAUCACGGUUUGAAGAGGGUUUUAAUAAUUGACUGGGAUGUACAUCAUGGCAAUGGUACGCAACACAUCUUCGAGUCGCAAUCGAAUGUUCUCUAUAUCAGCAUACAUCGCUAUGACAAUGGCACAUUCUUCCCAAAGAGUAAAGACGCUGACUUCGAUGUUGUAGGCAAGGGCGCUGGUGUGGGCUUUAACGUGAAUAUACCGUGGAAUAAGAAAGGUAUGGGCGAUAUGGAGUAUGCGAUGGCUUUCCAACAACUUGUUAUGCCCAUCGCCUAUGAAUUCGAUCCGGAGUUGGUAUUGGUGUCAGCUGGUUUUGAUGCCGCCAUCGGCGAUCCACUUGGCGGCUGUAAAGUGACACCCGAAGCCUAUGGACUUUUCACACAUUGGCUUUCAGCUUUAGCCGGCGGACGUAUCAUAUUAUGCCUAGAGGGUGGCUACAAUGUCAAUUCCAUUUCCUACGCAAUGACAAUGUGCAGCAAGUCGCUGUUAGGUGAUCCCAUUCCAGCCAUACAAGUGAAUGGCAAUGUUACACGUGGCCUUAGUGCGGCAUACACAAGCUGUUUGGAAACCAUACAGAAUUGCUUGAGUGUGCAGCAACGUUAUUGGAAGAGUUUGGUGUUCAACAAGCGGUUGCCACAAUUUGCGGGUGAAAACAACAAUGAGGAUUUUCUUUCUGCUACUAUGAAAAAUUUAGAUAUCAACACGGGUGACACGAAAAGCGUACUUGGUUGUGAAAACGUCGCCGAUGCAGAGGUGACAUUGGAACCGAGCGGCAGUAAGCCGAAGGUAAAAGUUAAAACCCUAACCGAAUUUCUCACCGAAAAUUUAGAGGUAAAUCAUACAUAAAUUUGGCACUGUGAGAAUAAUCCACUAACGUUCAACUUUUU